UGAAAGCUCGCCAUGAUCGACUCUCGUUGUGCUUAGCAAUUGUCUUCAAAGCAGUCCCCGCACAGCAAUUUUGGGGCAAGAUUGACAAUAUGGUCGAUUUUAUGGCCGAUGCUCGUCGCCCAAGUGGAUCCAACCCCAGACGAUGUUGCUCUAUACAGCCUCUCAUAUGAUAUACCGUAAUUUUCAGGUGAAGAAAAGUCCCGAGUUGGAGUUGUAGUCUAACCGCUCUACUGGGCCUCGUCCCCUCGGUAAGAGUCUUGGAUCAUGGGGCUGUCACGUUGACGAUGAUCAUCACGAUCAGUCCUGAAUUUACAGCCUUGGAUGCUCUCCACCACAUACUUGAUCCUAUUUACAGUGAAAUCAUUGCUACCAUGAACAAAUAUUCCGAGCUUCGGUCUCCGACGUCGCACCGAUACUCGAAAUUUGGUUUCCAGUUUGACAAAUGAGAAUGGUUGUCACUCAACUAAAAACUACCCUGGAGCAUUGGAUACAACCUCCGAACUUUGUCGGUUCGUGGUGUUACACUCAAAGAAGAACGGUCAAGGAACAGUUUAUAUUGCACGACACAGCGUAUGAUUGAUGUAAUUGCUGUCAUACGAUGUUUGGAGUACUGCUGACCAUUCUAUGAGAAGUAGGAGCGUACCUUGGUUGCAAUAUGACGAUGACUGCGAAUUCAAGUGUCCAUUGUCACAGGGCGUACGCAAAAGGAUGCUUUCGAGUCAGUCAAUCUGACGAUCGCUACUCCGAUUACCACCAGGACCGAUUGGCGAUGACUCUAUAUUGAUCUGCAGGUGUCAUGAUCAUCCAAUCCAUUUACCUGUCACCGACUCCCUUACAAUCUCCAGAAGCUACACCACUCACUGCACUGUUGAGCACCAUUAUCAACACCAGGAUCAAGGUUCUACGGAGGAACGCACCGGCCAGUGUAACUCUUCAAUGCUACAUCGCUACUGUAAGACCGCCAGGGCCAUGUGCAAAAUGGCAAGGUGCAAGGAUUCUGUGCUAUGCCAUACCGUACGUAUAUUUAUUCCUUUUUGCGACUGACUGUUGUGUCUCCACGUGGGGUAUCUUUACCAAACACGCAAGGGAGACGCGCGGACCGUUCCACUGUCAAGACAUUCAACGGUCUCGCAGUUGGACAAUGCACGCUAGGUCCUGUCUCCAUGCAGUUGCUGCCAUGACAUGACGGACUCUUGCGGUGUAGGAAUCAUGAUCCGAAAGUAAUCCCGCGCCUGUACGCGUCAAGCGCGUUUUUUUCGGGUAAGAGAUGAGACAUUGUUGGACUAACAGGCAACUAUUGAGCUCAUUGGCGCAUGCUAGGUCGGGUUCCUGCAUUGAUGUGUGGAUGCAGGGGAGUUGUCACUUUCUCAAUGCCACCCUGUGCAUGUGAAGUUUGAACUGAGGGAAUAUGAUAUGAUGUGACUCUGAUGGCCGAGGAGAGGGAUCGACAGAGAGGCCAGAGUCAAGCAGAUCAGAGGGAAAAUGAGGUGACAUUUCCCCAUGAGUUUGAUAAACUGGGGAACAUGGGAAAAGGUGGGAAUGGCCUCAAGCAAGAGAGGAGUUCCCUGCAUCACAUCGCAUUGCGUCGUAUCCGGAUCCUUGGCAGUUGGAGACAGAGAAAAGCUGGAUACCCCACCUCAGAUCUUUUCCUUUACUGAUGCUGAGAAUCCUGAUGCGAAUUCCGAGUCAGCUUGGGUACUGGUUCUUCAGUGAUCAGCCAGGAUAUCCCAACUCUCGUCUGUUUCAGCAGCAGCAUCACGUCAUCUGACACAUGGGGAAAGAUAUCGACUGCCGUGCGAUUCAAACACUGGAAGCAUCAUCCUUGAAGGCGAGUCAAACCAGUUCAGUUGACUUUGGAGCUUGUAAUGUCAUGUCAUGUCAUGUCACAAGCGUAAUGCUCGAUCGAGACAUGUACAUGUGCCUGUCUACUCGAUACGAUGCUCCGCCAGUUGCAUUACGUGUGCUCUGUUGUGCCUCGAUUACAUACAGCAAUUGCGCCUCUCCGGUGUGGAGAUGAGGCAUAUGCAUGACUGAUGGAAUAUCAUGUAAGCUGCAGUAAUGGGAGGCAAAAAGUGAUGAGGCCCUAUAGGCUGUACGUCCAUCACAUCGCACUGCAGAGUAUAGCACAGCGGUUAUUGAUUGACCAUAUCAUAUCACACACAGGUUGACUUGCAUUCUGUGCUAACUGCAGCCAGGUUUAGUCCGUCAUUUCAGCUAAGCCAUGAGAUUGAGAUAGUCUUCAGGCUAUUGUAUUGAUAGGGCACAUCUCACAUAACAACAACCAAAAGUGCAAAUAUUUGUUAUCUGUCACAAUCGCCUCGAGGCCCCGUUUCUUGGCUUCGUAUGCUUACUUUACAAUGGAUCGCUGGGUCAGUCGUCCCCUUGAUUGAUUGGUGCGACUCCGAAUUUCCAGCAGAAGAGAGAGACAUGCCGGCGCUAGAAACGCCUCAUCCUGACCGUUGCAGCACCCCGGACGCAACACGGCCCUACUCAACUUGGAGGAGGCAUCUGAAUUGAGGCACCGAAAGUAAGGCGAGACGAGAGACAAGAUGAAAUGAGACAACAAAUCCAUUGAAUUUGAGCAUCAAUGCCUCGGCAGAUGAGUAUUGGAGUCGAUGACUGACUCGCUGAACAGAAUAGCGUUGUAACAACAACGACUACGCAACACGUGCUUGACAAGUGAAGGAUAUCAGAUGCGACAUGAAUUGAUUCUCGACUGUGAUCCUCUUCAACUCUAACAAACUUGGUUGACCGAACGUCAACUCACAAGAGCUCUUUGGCGAUCUGUGCCAUCCCCGCCUUGGUUCUCAUUCAACUCAAAAGCGCCGAGCGCGGCCAGCCUUGUCCCUGUCCUCAUCCUCAAAUCCUACGGUAGCUUCACUUCAGUUGCUUUUUUGCCUUUGCCUUUGCCUUUGCGGGCCUGUCAAAGUAGGCGGGAAUCUAGCCGUUCAAUCCGGACCAAUUCCAGCCAGAGGCCGUACCAUCUUGGGCAUAGCUUCUUCGGCUCACCAACUACAACCGUCUCGACCGCUUCCCCAUUUAUGUUACCUUGCCGUGACGAGGAUUAUUUUAUAAUGGACAGGGUAGGGAUACGAUAACUGUUGCCUGGUAAAUUACACCACACACGCCACACCCCGCCUGUUACAUGAUGAUCGACUUGAUGAAGCUCUCGAAUUGGGAACGCUGAGGUUACAGUAGGAUAGAUCGCUCAAAUAGGGCCACUUAGUGCUAUAACGCGGGACAGAUUGGGUUCAUUGGGCUCGAAAGAGGACCCUGAACAUCAAAGACCUUUUGCUUUUUACCGGUAGCAAUGGUAACGCAGCAGUGCUAACGGAUAAGCCCUUUCUGCAUUAGACAUGCAUAGACCAUGAGAGACGGAACACCACUUUGAGACGGUCUGAGACAUUGUUUGAAUUGUUCAGACAACGAAUUGGAGCUUAACUUCGGCAAAGGAUAUGACCGAAGAUUGACGAAAGAGAACGGUUUCAAGUUCAGUCACGACGAUGACGAUUCUAGCUUGACAAGAACCGAACAACAGACGAGAUGAGAGAACCCUCAUGGCUCAAGUAAAGCCAAGCUAGACUCACUCGAGAUUUCGGGUAGCCAAGCCUGUGGCACCAAGCAACGAGCCAAGCAUGGGAGCCUCGUCUCGUCACCGUGUUGUCGGGAUCAACCAAUUCACCAAGCGAAAGGAAGGGAGAAAAGAUGAGAUAUCACAUCGUACACACCCUCCCCUCACCUCGGAACCGGAUCCAACAGUACCCAGGGAUCAACGGCGUCCCCGUGAUACCGAUACCACGAAACUGCCCAUGUUAUCCCCUCUGUAACUUAAAACAUGGUUACAUUGUUGGUGGUACAAUUCUGAUGAGCCUAUCUCAUCUUUUGGUGAGCAAUUGUAUCUGUAUCAGCUUCACCAAAUUCCCCAGUCCAUUGCAUUAGUGAGGCCUGCGGAUACAAGGAAGGGCCUUUUUUCAUCUGUCCCGUCCACGUGGUUACAUACCCUUGUCUCUUGUCAAGAGGCUUAGUGCGACACUUCUGAACUCUCGCCUGCGGCGGGACGAGCGGACUUGAUUGUUUUGUGGUUUGUGCUAUGGAAUUAGUCUGGCUUUACGGUGACUCGACGUGUUUCAAGACAGAUGAGUUAACUGUUUGAACAAUUGAGAAUCCGGUUUGACAAGAGUCGCAGCUAAGAACUAACUCUGUCAUAAGACGUAAUUCAGCUGCCAGAUAGACUAGGCCUCGGCAAAUGAUCAAUCUGUCAAUGCAAGAUAAUCUCGAUUCCAUUUACCAAGAGAUUGGGUCGUGAUAGACUCGAAUGAACGAACUACGAUCUGCUAUCUUGAAAUGGCUAGUGAGUAGGUGGAGGCUCAGUGGAUGAACAAAGCUCGAGAUACUACAUAUUAAGUGCUGCGACGCUGCGUGGAGACCAGCCGAACUAGCCGAGCUUCUGCGCAAUGUCGUUUGAAGGAUCAGGGUUCUAUGAGAUUGUGCGUUGCCUGUUCGUAAUGAAGUGUUGAUAGGGAAGAUGCUUGGAGAGAUGGGUCAUGAGAGAGGGGAGAUUGAGGCUAUGAGGUUCUUGAAGAGUCAUGAGAGUUGGCAUGACUCGGUUGAGUACUGAGACUUGAGUUGAAGUUGACACAGCAAAGCGUUCACGCAAGGACAAUAGGAAUAGGGUAGUUGGACACAUCACAGCCGGGAAAGUAAUGCAUGUACUUCUCACAGUUCAGUCUGGACCGCGUCAUGAUGACAUUAGACUACCUAUACAAUCUACCGCUCAACCAUGACUCGCACAUCACCAACAGCUGCUCUCGCCAUCUUCUUGAGCAACGUCCUCUCAUCCGCCUCCCGGUACCUCUCCCAUGAAUCCAGUCCCUCCUUCGCCUGAAUACUCAACGUCUCGUAGCCCUGACGAAUAACCUCUGUGACCCCCUGCGUCGUCAAAAGACUAGGCUUACGACGAUUCGCACCACCUUCUGAAAGCAUCUGGUUGUAAUGCGCACUAACGUUGAUAAGCGUAUCAAUGGAGUUGCUGUUACGGUUACCCAGGCGGUAGUUCUCUUUGAACUUGGUGAGAACUUCACCGGACUCGACGACUUUGUAGAACAGAUCAUCGUAGUCUGCUGGCGAAGGGAGGAAGGCUUCACCAGCGGAGAGGGAUAGGGCGAUGAGGUUAACAACGUGGUCGAGAAGGGUGUCGAUGUGUGGUAGAUCCUUCAGAUCAGCUGUGUAUGUAGCCAGGAAGCGAACGAUGGAGAGCAAAGACCGGAAGAACUCAGGCCAAUGAUACUCAA